AUGGCAAUUCGUACUGUUGGCGUCAUCGGCACCGGCGUCAUUGGAGCGUCGUGGACCGGUUUGUUCCUAGCUCACGGUCUGCGCGUCCUAGUGUCUGAUCCUGCGCCGAACGCGGAGAGCAAGCUUCGGACGUAUCUUGAAAGCAUUUGGCCUACCCUUCAAGAUGUUGGGUUGUCGCCCAACGCAUCCUUGUCGAAUUACCAGUUCGUCGGAGCCAGCAUGCAGCAGCACUAUUCUGAGCUCGAUUUCGUUCAGGAGAAUGCACCCGAAAAGGUGGAAUUAAAAAUGAAGCUGCUCGGCGAGAUCGACGCGGGAACUCGUCCGGAAGUCACCAUAGCGUCCUCGUCAUCGGGCAUUCCAAGCUCGCAGUUCAUCGCACAAUGCGGUAAAGCUCCAGAGCGUGUGCUCAUUGGGCAUCCCUUCAAUCCACCUCACCUGAUGCCGCUUGUCGAGGUUGUGCCUCACCCAAAGACUGCCAAGGCCAGCAUUGAAGCGGCGCUGUCAUUCUACAAGUCACUCGGCCGGAAGCCCGUCCACAUUCGCCAGGAAGUUCCCGGGUUCGCAGCCAAUCGCCUCCAAGCCGUUUUGUGCAACGAAGCCUACAGUCUGGUCAGCAGAGGCAUCAUGUCUGCCAAGGAUCUCGACGAGUGCGUGACAUCCAGCCUCGGGCCACGCUGGGCCGUGACGGGACCACUAAUGUCAAAUGCGAUGGGUGGCGGAGGAGGGAGUGACGGCUUCAAGCACCUCCUUGAGCAUCUGGGCCCGGCUACGGAGACAUGGAUCGAGGACAUGAAAGCCCACGCAUUCAACUGGACUCCGGAGCAGUUGACUGCUCUUGGAGACAGCGUCGCCGAAGAACUUGGCACUCAGGAUGUCCACGAGCUCGAACGCAAGAGAGAUGCUACUCUAGUAGCGCUGUUUCGCCUCAAGAGCAAGGCGGACACUGAGUAG